AUGCCUUCCUCGUCAAUUCCUACCACAAAGCAUGUUCCAAUCCCUUUGUUCCUUUUCACUUACAACUGCAAUCAACAAGAUUUAAUCCCCGAAGUCUUCAAGUCCAAACUAGUCCUGAUCCUCCCCGACCAAUUAUCAUCCCUUUAUGUAUUUGGCUUCCAAGAGUUUUGUUCAGUAUUGGACGGUCUUUUUGCAUCAUCAGCAAGUGCUAAACUAAUCAAUUUCAACCAAAUGCUACAACUGGCAUUGCAGGAAAAGUACCAUCAACCGACGGGGUUUCUGACAAUUUCACUGACAUUUAUCGGAGCCAUAGGAAUGAUCAUCAUAACGCCGUAUGCGGCAAAGUUUAAAAAUGUACGGACAGCAACAACUAGUUGUGGAUAUGCGUAUUCCAGCUUGAAAGGCGGUGUCGGAGCAAGAGUGUCGUAUUAUCCUGAGGGGGCUCUUGACAGUUCGGAUCAUGUGGAGUUGUCGUUUGCCACAGCCCAUUUAAAUGCAUAUGAAGGUGAGUAUUACUACCUUCAAAGAAACACUAACCUCUACAAUAUCAUACGUUCGUUGAAUUUUGGUGAUGGGUACGGCCUUAUCAAACCCGAGAAUCAUGUAUUCAUAUUGGGUGAUUUGAAUUACAGGACUAGUCAAAACUAUACUCCAAACGACGCAGAAAGUCAAGAGUUACUCUCCUUACUUGAUGUUUCUGCUACCGAUGCUGCAUAUUCCAAGAGAGUUGAAGAGCUUGUUGAUAAGUACGAUGAAUUGAAGAUGAGUAUGCAGAAUGGGGACGUUUUGCAAAACUUUUCAGAAGGUAAGAUAACAUUCCCCCCAACAUACAAAUUCCAUUUGAACACUGCAAUUUACAAUACCAAAAGGUCGCCAUCCUGGUGCGACAGAGUUGUCUACUUAUCAUCAUACGAAGAAGUUGGACCGAAUACUUUGGGGCAACAAUUUCCCAAAUUGACCAGUUCUAGCAAAGCAAACCAUGACGAAAUCGUACGCCAGUCCUUGCCAGAGGUUAAAGAGUAUAAUUCAUUGGAUUCGCUUUUGAUGUCCGACCACCGCCCUAUUUAUUUAGAAAUAUCCGUUCCAUUUCUGCCGCCCCAGCUGAUUAUAUCGCCAUUAUCAGGAUGUAUGCAAAUCUUACCUGCAGGUUUGAAAGCGGGUGUUCUCUUGAAUGAAACCUCUCGUCUUGAAGCACUUGAGCGUAGCUCAAAUGUGGUGAGCGGGCCCACCACCUUAUAUUUGAAACCUACAACAUAUGAUAAUAUUACACAGAAUGUGAUACGUCCUUUAUCAAACACCAUUAUUGGAUACGGUAUAUGGUUGGGAGGCACAAGACAGGGGCGCUUAUUCCUAUUGACUUUAAUCUUUAUUGUUUGGGUGUAUUUCAGAUUUUUCUGA